AUGAAGGGAAAGUUUCUGUACACCAUUGCUCUGCUGGUAUUUCUUCUACUGUUGCAUCAACCUGUGACGUCAUCGAAGGUGAUUAUCCACGUGCCUUAUCGAGUGAAGAACGUGAAGCACACGCACAUCAUUUACAAGAUUCUGCCGCAGUACGAGCACGAGCACGAAAAGGAGGAGUUCGAGGAAGAGGACAAAUAUGAAAUUUAUUUGCACUUGAGGAUCUACGUGCCAGACAUCGUGAACCACCAUGUCCACACGAAGACGAUCUACAUACGCCUGCAGAAGCCGAAGAAGAAGCCCAAGACUCACCACAAGGAGCAUCACCACGAGAACUGGAGCUCCUGGAGCUACGGCCACCACCACGAUUACAACGACGAGCACGAUCACGAGGAUCACGAGGAUCUAAGCGAUCGCGAACCCCUCGAGAUGGAGGAGCCUCGGGAUCACCCGAAACAACACGUACACCCUGAUGAUUCUUAUUUCCCGCAGUCCUACGUCGAUGACAACAACCUCGAGGCCAAUCCCAGAGGACGCGACCAUAAUCAGUACGCUGUUCACGAAAACGUGAAGGACAUUCCACCCAACAGUGAAUCUUUGCUGUACAAUUACGAGGAAGGUUACAGGAAGGGUCUGGAGACGGAGAGUGGUCACAUUCGAACUGGACAGACCAGCAAGUUUCACACAGAUCAACACGAGGAGCAGAACGACGACGAGGUAGAGGGGUCCAAGGAAGAUUUCACUGGGAAGACCCAUUCUGGGAGAUACCUGGUCGACGAUGUGGAGUAUGAAAACACUAGGGACAAGAGACAAGGUAGACGUAGACUUAGACGAAUGAAAAAAGUAUAG